CUAAGAUGAAGCCUCCAUCUGGGCAAGGCAUAAGGCUGGCAUACCUUCUCCUGAAUUUGGCUUCCCUCUGCCUUCCCAGCCCACUCUGGAAGGACCGGGACUCCCUAAUGCAGGAGGAGGAAGCCCAUCAGACAGGUGGCAAUUUGGUGCUCAGUAGACAGGAACAGCAGCUCAGUGCAAAGCUCGUAAACCUCAAGAAGGAGGAGAUUGCAACAGCCAUGACUACAGGACAGUUUCCUCCAAGCAUGCACUUCUUUCGGGCAAAAGGCCUCAUUGAUCAGAGCACGGUCUUCAGCAUCUUAAAGCGCAUGCCAAAAGGUGCUGUCUUACACCUGCAUGACUAUGCCAUCCUGAGCGUGGACUGGCUGGUGUACAAUGCCACCUACCUCCCCGACUGCUACAUCUGCUUCACCCACACAGGCACCGUCCGGUUUCGCUUUUCCAAGCCUCACCCUCCUCACCCAGUGCCAGCCCAGUGCUCCCAGUGGGUUUUGCUGGAGACUUACCGGAAACAGCUGCGCAAUGUGACCGAGUUCGAUAGCAGCUUGCUGAGAAACUUGACCCUGGUGACAGAUGCCCCUGAGCUGGCCUACCCUUCUCAGACUUCCAUUUGGAAAAGAUUUGAAGAAGUCUUUCUCAUUGCCUCUGGACUUAUCUCCUAUGCACCUGUGUUCAAGGCCUAUUUCUACCAGGGGCUGCUGGAGCUCUAUGAAGAUAACAUACAGUAUGUCGAGAUAAGAGCUAUCCUGCCUCCGGUACGUAUUUUUUGGCUUCUCUAGUAUUCUUUUAAAUCCUUAUUUCUCCAUAACUUUUCUCAAGCCCUAUCUUGAAUUUAGUUUUUGGAUGUUUGCAUACCUGCCCUUCUAAGGAUGCUGGAAAACCUUGAUCAU